AAUGUUUAUCCCUUAAUAAAGACUAGACAAUAGCGGCGCGUGGGGAGGGUAUGGAGGGGGCCGCGUCAAAACAUCACCACCCGCGUCAUAAUUUAUCACAGCCAAAAACCCGCGAGCCAGAGUCACUAACGCAGCCUAGCAGACGCUUCAGACGCACGUGAGAUCCCGAAGGAAAAGCAUCUAAAGGCAGACUGGAGAUUAAGCACGAGCCUAAGGACACAACUACUAUCAUUGACUGAGUUCACCUUGCGCUCGUAUCACCGACUCCCACUCAAAGACAGGAUGCGUGCAGCUCUAGUGCUUCUGUGCCUGGCCAUUCUCUAUUCUGCGGAUGCGGAGGACAAGUCGCGACUUUACAGAAGGCCCGCGUGUGGGGAUAUGAGCGUAACCCAAGCAUGUCCCCUCAACUACUCGCCGGUGUGUGGGAACAACGGACACACGUACCCAAACGAGUGCGCACUCUGUGUGCACAGACUGGACACGAACGCGGACAUCCUGAUCGUGAAAGACGGCCGCUGCUGAAGAGACCAAGCCCCUGCGUGAACCUGUAUAAUGUACCUGUUGAAUUAGCAUAAAUCUGUUUUUAUUAAUAACUUUCUCUAAUUAAUAUCUAAACACUAUAACUAUCUUUUAUAUUCAUAUUGAUGUGCAAAACAUUUAUUUUGAAUAUUAAAAUGUUAGACUGAUUGAAUUAACUGGUGGAGUCUUUUUGCUCGUAAU